AUGGAUCCGGUGGGCGCAUCAAUACAGGGAACCCACCUUCCCCCGCCCUUCCACACCAGAGAAUUCCAUCACCACCUCUCCCUCCACCACCACCUGCAACUCCGCCACCAGCAGCUCCAACAGCAUCAGCAGCAGCCCAAUUCCGACGACGAUACCGGCGGUGCCGCCACCACUGGCCUCAACCGGGGCCUCAAGCGAGAACACGACGACAACCCCCUACCGGACGGCGCCACCAACAAUAGCUCCACAAGCAACAACGAGAACAACAACAACAGCAACAACAAUGGCGGAGGAGAGGGGUCCUCCGGCGACGGCGGCGGCGGGGGCGAAUUCGCCCGCCGGACUCGGGGGCGGCCGGCCGGAUCGAAGAACAAGCCGAAGCCGCCGAUCAUCAUCACCCGCGACAGCCCCAACGCGCUGCGCACCCACCUGAUGGAGAUCGCCAGCGGGUGCGACGUCGGCGAGACCGUCGCCGCCUUCGCCCGCCGCCGACAGCGCGGGGUCUGCGUGCUCAGCGGCAGCGGCACGGUGACCAACGUCACCCUUCGGCAGCCCGCCUCCCCGGGGGCCGUCGUGAAGCUCCACGGCAGCUUCGAGAUCCUCUCCUUGUCGGGCUCCUUCCUGCCGCCGCCGGCGCCGCUCGACGCCACCGGCUUCGCCGUCUACCUCUCCGGCGGGCAGGGGCAGGUCAUCGGCGGCAGCGUGGUGGGAGCGCUGAUUUCCUCCGGUCCGGUGGUGCUCCUGGCGGCGUCGUUCGGCACUGCGGCGUACGAGAGGCUCCCCCUCGACGACGGCGACGAGCCCCUCGUGGGGCCGCUGGAAUCGCCGGCCGGGCUAGUGGCGCCGCCGCUUCCGCCUCCGCCGCUGUCGCAGCACCAGCAGCAGCUCUCUCCCGACGUGAACACGAUGCUGUUCCAGAGCCUCCCGCCGAACCUUCUCAGCCGCGUCCAGGUUCCACCCGAGGUCUACCCCUGGGCCUCCGGCGGCGCCGCCAGGCCGUCCUACUGA